AUGGAGAAUUCAUCAUUGCUGCUACCACAACAGCAAUUGACGAUCGAGAGUAUUCUCGGUACGUCAGCUAAGACCCCAGACAAUUUCGUAAUAGAAGGAAACUUGAUGGCAUAUACAGCAAGUGGGGGAGUGGUUGUAUGCCAGUUGGAUUUGCAGAAUAACCGAAUCAUUUCCCAAAGAUUCUUCUGUGCUAAUUCAAAUGGACAGAAUAACAACAGCUCGAACCCUAGUUCGGCUAACGCAUAUCUAAAUAUGGCAUAUGCAGAAGCAUCAAAUCAAGAAGCCUCUAGCCCAACAGAAACGGUAAAAGAUUCAUAUGGGUUUCCCAUAAGCUCGGAGCCGGUGAUUAUCGCAGGAAAUGGUAUAAAUGUAAACGGAGAUAAUAGUCCAAAAGGUUCUGAUACAAUUGAUUUGAAUUCUCCAUCCAAGUUGAAGGAGAGGGUACGAUCAAUAAACUGCUUAAGUCUUUCUCCAAAUAACAGGGUACUUGCCAUAGGAGAAACAGGCUACCAGCCAAGGAUUCUUUUAUUUUCUUUAGCGCCAGAUCUGAAUAACUCGCCAAUUGCAUUGAUUUACGAACAUUCGUUUGGUAUCAAUUCGAUUACGUUCUCCCCAGAUCUGAAAUACUUUUGUUCAUUAGGUCUAAUUAAUGAUGGGUUUCUUAAUGUUUGGAAACUCGGAAAUAAUUCAGUGCAUUUGCAGGCUAGCAAUAGAUGCUCUUCUAUAAUCAACCAAGUUAUUUGGCAUGAGAAUUUUAUUAUUACGUUGGGUUUAAGACUAAUCAAGGUAUGGAGAUUUCUCCAGGAUACGUCAAAUGAAAAUGAAAAGGUUCUACAAAAGCCAUCCGUGCUAAAGGGGAAAAGUGUCCUUCUUGGUCUGUUAAUCAAUUCUAACUUUAUAUCGGGUAAUAUCCUAAACAGUGAUGAAUUGUUAUUAAUUGCGAAUAGUAAUCAAUUAUUGUUGUUAAAACUUACUUAUGAUAGCCUUAAAUUAAUUUGUCUCGAAACACCUAAAUUUAUGUUAAAAUGCUUACUCGUUGAUUAUGAACUAGGGAAAGUUUGGGUAGGUUCAGAUGAUUACACCAUAAAGUCCUUAGAUUUUUCGGAUUUAAAUGCUACAGUUAACCCUACAUCUACUCAAUCACCAAUGAGUAAAAUCAAUACAAUGUUCGGAACCACAUCUUUAAGUCCAACUAAGAAAGAAUUAAAAUCGAACCUGUCAAUAUUGAAAUUAUCUAAUUUUAAUACAGACAACCUUGUCUAUUUGUCUGAUUCUGAAGAAAUAAUAAUCUACAGCAAAAAAAAUUUAAAGUCUGAGAAGAGCUUGGUUAGCUCAUUAAUGAAUGACUUAUCGGGUAUUAAAGAUACUUUUCUGAAUGAUUUAUUAGUAUUUUCCAAGAGUGGGUUAAUAAAACAAGUGAUUGACUCUGAAACAAAGGAAGAAGACAACUUAAGGGCCGUCAUUAAAUUCGAUUUACCCUCUAAUGAACUAAUUUCCAAUUCAUUAACAGCUGUUGAUUCAAAUGGAGAGCAUUUGAUAUUGGGUGACAAAUAUGGGAAUAUAUACAUAACAACGAAUAAAAUUAACGAGCCAUAUGAAGUUAUUUACCUGACGAAAGCCCACUCAUCUACUAUUAAUGAUAUUGUGUAUUUCAAAAUAGGCAAUACUGAAUUUUUUUCAAGCAUUUCCAGAGAUAGAAUGAUUCAAGUCUUUUUUAGACCUGACGACGAAUCCUCGAGGUGGGAUAUACUACAAACCUUGCCCUUACACACAGGUAACUUACUUAGAGUAUUAUUUUAUGAUAGAAAGCUUUAUGUUUGCUCUUCUGAUAGAACAAUAUCUGUCCAUAGGUUUGAAACCGAUAGAGAUGAAAUUAAGAUAUAUCAAGAUAAAAUAAUUUCCAUCAAGAAUAGUCCUAUUAAUAUGAAAAUUAUCGACAAUGAUUUGAUAAUAUCUACAAAUGACCGAAAUAUGCUUAUUUAUAGCAUUAAAGAAAAUUUAGAGUAUCAAAGAUCAAUUAAAUUAUUUAACGAAAAAACAAAUGAAUCAUUAUUAGUGGAAAACUUUACCAUUCAUAAGAACUUAAUUAUUGUCGCAUCAUCUGACAAAUCAAUAAGAGUUUUUAACUAUAUUCUGGGCAAACCAUUAAGCGUUAGCUGGGGUCAUCUGGAUGCUAUAUUGAGCUUAGUAUUGAAACUAAAUACUAAUGAAUUGAUUUCUAUAAGUAUAGAUGGUUGUUUAUUUAAAUGGAAUUUUAACGAGUCCAGCAAGAAAAAGUCAACUGGCGCUUCUAAUUUAAAUAUUUCUCCAGAUAUCAAAUUCGAUUCAAUACCAUUAUACAGUAAGGUUACCAGAAAAAUAAUACAUACACCAGCAACUUCAGGAAUAAAUUCCAGUUCCCCAUUCAAGCCGCUGUUAGCAAGAUCAAAUUCUGACCAUUCAAGUCUACAGGAAAAUGAAACUGGUGACAUCGACACUACAGUAUCUCCUACACCACCUUCGAGACUUUCCAAUGCAACAUUAAAGAGAUUAGAAGCAAAGAAAAAGGCUGGCGAACGAAUAAGCCCUGUGAGAUCCAAUUCAGUGAGGUCAAUACAAGCAUCACCCGUUGUUAAGAAUUUAAGCAAAUCAAAUACAUCAUUACUGCCGCUUAAAAGUUCUUCUACUAGGCCCAAUACAUCGCCUUCUUAUAAAAAAACCAUAGAUUUGAAGGGUUCUCCAAGAAAACCUUUGAGCUCAACAUUAAUGAAUACUUUAGCAUCGCCCGUUAAACUUAAUGGCAAUAACCAGUCUGAAUUCAUGGAAAGAUCCAUUGCUCAUUUGGCAAUGAUUAAAUCGCAAAUAUUAAAGGAAACGAUAUCGAAUACCAACAAAGAGAUCUUAAGAAAGGAAAUAAACGAUAUUUCUAAUUUGUUAGAAGGCGACAAUGCCCAAAUUGAUAAGGAAAACCAAGUGCUUAACGGAUUUGUAAAUUUAAAAAUUGAUGACAAUAAUAGGAUGCAUUACGAAGAAAAACUAUUAGAAAAUUAUAGUGAUAAACUAGUACAAAUAUUUCAAGAUAAGAUGAAAGACAAGGGCCUUAAUGAUAAAAACGGCAUUUUUACUAACCUUUAUUCAUCUAAGAAUUAUAAUAAUGACGUUGAUUGA